UCGCAUACACGACGGCUGUCGUAGCCAAUCUCACGAUAUAGAAACGCAGGUGAACAUGCACUCACUGGAUGCUUGUUACAGAUCCGAGCAGGUAUCAAACCUAAAUCAUUGCCUCUCUUCAUCUGAAGCCAUUGAAUGACAACCACGGGCUAUCUGGACCUGGACAUGCCAUGCCAUAUUGAUACGUCAAUGCCACAAGAGAAUCUCGCUUCAUCAUGGAAACUGUUUUGUAUGUGAGGAUACUGUUCCAAGGCCUUCUUUCAACUGACCUUCACCCUGAAGCCUCGUUCUCAGCUGGCCACUGUGUUAACACCUGCUACUACAACCGGACAUGCGCGUCAGUGUUCUAUGACCGCAGCCUUAAGUUGUGCUACCAGAGUAACACCUGGUUUGAUGCCCAAGUAGCCGGCCUAACAACCAAACCUGAAGUUUCUUAUUUGAUAUUCCAUAGAGCUGAUUGUCCAGCAGGAUGGGUGUACCACAAACCAACGAAUAAAUGUUUUUAUUUCCACAACACUCUGAAGAAGAACAGUGAAAUUAAACAAGUUUGUGUGACUGCCGGGGGCAGACUGUAUAACAUACAUACGGCGGAGGAGAAUGACAUAGCGUAUACUGUAGUCAAACGGAGAGGGAAAGACAUGUGGAUCGGACUCACCUUCAAAACAGACUGGAAGUGGCACAAAGACACCGCGCCGCCCGACUUCUUCUACUGGUCCGAGCCUCAGGGAACCUUCAGCUGUGUGACGUUUAGUGAUGCUACAAAGAAAUGGCUAAGAGUAAAAUGCGGAGACCUUUACACGGGGCUGUGUGAGAUUGCUGUACCGAAUAACUGUAGCCUCUCACCAUAAAGUAAGAUAUGUUUGUUACUUGGGUAACGGAUUUCUUUUCAAAACUCCCAAACUAAAAUUGCAACAACCUGUUUCAGACGUAUCUGUUAGUGACCGACCAUUUGAUAUUCUGGAACGUGGUGUGGGUUGUGUGGGUGGAGUUGGUUGUUUUUUUGUAUUUUUGUUUUCAAAAUCAUAUAUUUUGUAAAGUAAAAC